GGUUGGUCCCUCUUUCCGGUGAGAGCUUCUGGCCAUUUCAUCUGGGUCCCUUGGCCCGAGUGUCUGUCCCUUGGAGUGGCGAUACAGGGAGAGGCUGACUGGCUGUCAUGGCAACCAGUGGGGACCCAGAGGAGGAGCAGGUAGUCCCAAGUGAAGAGGAUGAAGCCGACGUGAGGGCGGUGCAGGCCCGGUAUCUCCGGAGCCCCUCCCCCAGCCGGUACUCAAUGGUUUCAGAAGCAGAAACAGAAAGCAUUUUCAUGGAGCCCAUUCACCUCUCUUCGGCUGUUGCAGCCAAACAGAUCAUCAAGGAAGAACUCAAGCCGCCUGGGAUCAGAGCAGACCCAGAUUGCCCAGGCAUGCUGGAGUCCGCCGAGCAGCUGCUGGUGGAGGACCUGUACAACCGCGUCAAGGAAAAGAUGGAUGACACCAGCCUCUACAAUACUCCCUGUGUCCUGGACCUGCAGCGGGCCCUGGUCCAGGAUCGCCACGAGACCCCCUGGAAUGAGGUGGAUGAGGUCUGGCCCAACGUCUUUAUUGCUGAGAAGAGUGUGGCUGUGAACAAGGGGAGACUGAAGAGACUGGGAAUUACCCACAUCCUGAAUGCUGCACACGGCACUGGUGUUUACACUGGGCCCGAAUUCUACGCUGGCCUGGAGAUCCAGUACCUGGGUGUGGAGGUGGAUGACUUCCCCGAGGUGGACAUCUCCCAGCAUUUCCGGAAGGCUGCCGAGUUCCUCGAUGAAGCCCUGCUGACCUACAGAGGGAAGAUCUUGGUCAGCAGCGAAAUGGGCAUCAGCCGGUCGGCAGUGCUGGUGGUGGCCUACCUCAUGAUCUUCCACAACAUGGCUGUCCUGGACGCCUUGAUGACCGUGCGCAAGAAGAGGGCCAUCUACCCCAACGACGGCUUCCUGAAGCAGCUCCGGGACCUCAACGAGGCGCUGAUGGAGGAGAGAGAAGAGGAGUGCGGCGGCGAGGGGCGGGCAGACGCUUCUCAGGAGGGCGGGGACGCAGGGAGCAUGCGCGCGGCCAGAGCGCACGCGCUCACGGUGGAGGAGGAGGAUGACGUCACCAGCCACCUGAGUGGCUCCUUGGGGAACACCAGCCAGGCCUCCAAGCCCGUCACCCUCAUUGACGAGGACGAGGAGGAGAAACUGUACGAGGAGUGGAAGAAGGGGCAAGGCCUCCCCACGGACAAGGGCCCCCAGGGCGGAGAUGACCAGCGCUCAGCUGCCUCUGGCCACGAGGAGGAGGAGGAGCUCGAGGAGGAGGAGGUAGACAGGAUCAUCCGAGAGUGGCAGAGCCGAAAUGAGAAGUACCAGGCCGAAGGGCACCAGAAGUGGGGUAGGGAGGAGGAGGAGGUGGAGGAGGAGAGCGAUGCUGGCUCCUUUGUGGGGAGAAGACGGAGGCACACCCUGAGUGAGAGCAGCGUCUCAGAGAGUGUACUGAGCCAUGACAUACGGGUCCUGAAGCAGCAGCUGCAGAUGAGCUGCCAGAAUCGUGCUAGGAGAGGCCGCUCUGACUCUGUGUCAACGGAGAGCACCUGGGACGUGUGGAACCAGAGGUUGCUGGAGAUCGAGAAGGAAGCAUCCCGGAAGUACCGCUCCAGAAACAAGAGUGAGGAGGUGGACACAAGUUCAGAGAUGGGGAGCAGGGUGCGAGAGGAUGAUGAGGAGAGUGUGUCCUCUGAGGCCAGCUCCUUCUAUAACUUCUGCAGCAGGAACAAGGAUAAACUCACUGCCCUGGAACGGUGGAAGAUCAAGAGAAUCCAAUUUGGAUUUCACAAGAAGGACUUGGAGGCAGGAGACAGCAGCAGUGAGCAAGGCACAGAGGAGGCAGUGGGGGAGAAGAAGAAUCUCUCUGAUGUCAGCCUGACAGCCUAUCAGGCUUGGAAGCUGAAACAUCAGAAAAAGGUGGGCAGUGAGAACAAGGAGGAGGUGGUAGAGCUCAGCAAGACGGACGACUCAGUCUCGGCCAAAAAGAGGCAACGGAGACUGGAGCUGCUGGAAAGAAGCAGGCAGACCCUGGAGGAGAGCCAGUCCAUGGGAAGCUGGGAGGUGGACAGCUCAGCUGCCAGCAGGAGCAUCCCCUUGUCUGCAUUCUGGUCUGCAGCCCCCUCAGUCAGUGCUGAUGGGGACACAGAGUCAAUACUCAGCACCCAGAGCCACCGCUCUCACCUGUCUCAGGCUGCAAACAACAUAGGGGGACGCCCGGCCUCCAACCCCACCACACCCCUGCCUAACCUGCCAGUGGGGCCUGGAGACACCAUUUCCAUUGCCAGUAUCCAGAACUGGAUUGCCAAUGUGGUCAGUGAAACCAUUGCCCAGAAGCAAAAUGAAAUGCUGCUGUUGUCCCGCUCACCAUCCGUUGCAAGCAUGAAGGCGGCACCAGUGGCUGGCUGCAUGGGGGAUGACCAAGUCUCCAUGCUCAGUGGACAGAGUGGCUCCUCCCUGGGUGGAUACUUGCUGCCUCAAAGCCAGGCAAGACCCAGCUCUGACACUCAGUCUGUGCUGUCCUCCAAUACCACACUGAGCUCAAGGGCUGAAGGUACAGGGAGCAGAGUGAAGGGGACCAGCAAGCCUAUUUAUAGCCUCUUUGCUGACAAUGUAGACCUAAAGGAGCUUGGCCGGAAGGAGAAGGAGAUGCAAAUGGAGCUGAGGGAUAAGAUGUCCGAAUACAAAAUGGAGAAGCUGGCCUCAGACAACAAACGUAGCUCGCUUUUCAAGAAGAAGAAGGUCAAGGAAGAUGAGGAUGGUGACUUGGGUGAUAGAGAUGAGGAUGCUGACAGUGCCAUAGGAAGCUUUCGAUAUUCUUCACGCAGUAAUUCCCAAAAACCUGAAACAGACACCUCCUCUUUGCUGGCUGUCUCUGAUCGAUAUGGAAGCGACAGCAGAGCUGGCAAUGAGGUGGAUAGCAGUAUUAAUAAGUGGCUCAGCAGCCUCAGGACAGAGGAAAAAUCUCCUCCCCAAAGUGAUUGGUCUGGAAGCUCCAGAGGUAAGUACACUAGAUCUUCCAUGCUCCAGGAGACAGAGUCUAAAUCUUCCAGUUACAAAUUUUCCAAGUCCCAAUCAGAGGAACAGGAUACCUCCUCCUUCCAGGAGGCAAAUGGCAACUCUGUAAGAAGCACUUCAAGGUUUUCUUCUUCCUCCACCAGAGAGGGCAGAGAGAUGCACAAGAUCUCCAGGUCAAUGUUCAGUGAGACCUCAAGUUCCCAAGAGGAAAGCCCAGAGCCCUACUUCUUCCGCCGGACCCCUGACCCCUGUGAAGGGGAAGAGUCCCCAGAACCACGGCAUCGGAAUUGGGCCAGACCCAAGGACUGGGAAGAUGUGGAAGAGUCAUCCAAAUCAGAUUUUUCUGAAUUUGGAGCCAAGAGGAAAUUCACCCAGAGCUUCAUGAGGUCUGAAGAGGAGGGAGAGAAAGAGAAGAUGGAAAACAGGGAAGAAGGAAGGUUUGCAUCAGGGCGGCGAUCCCAGUAUCGGAGAAGCACUGACAGAGAGCAAGAGGAAGAAAUGGACGACGAAGCCAUCAUUGCUGCUUGGAGACGCCGGCAAGAAGAAAUGAGGACUAAACUGCAGAAAAGGAGGGAGGAUUAAGCUGAACAAGGCAGACCUGGACAGACUGAAAAGACCUGAAGAAGCCAUCCAGCUUAGCACGGGUCUCAGGGCAUACUUUGCCACCACCUUUCAAGGCCAUCAAUGUGAGGUGCGAAUGCUGAACCAAAUGACACCAUUUUCUUGUUACCCAGUGGCCUCUGAGCUUUGGUGCUUCACUUGGAAGUUGAUCCUUUCCAUUGUAGACUAGAGAGGUGAAAUUGAAAAAGCAAUGUGGCUUGUUGGUAGAUUCCAUCUCACGUCCAGGAAGGCCAUGAAUGCAGGACAUGGCUUUGUUAUAGAGGCUUUAUAAUGAAAUCUGUUUCAUCUUCUGUGGGAAGUUUGACUUCUCCCAGCAAUGCUGAGUUUUAGUUGUUUCUUUUUUAAUGUUUGGAUCUCCAUUAAAUUAGUAUGUUGCCAAAUAUUUCUCUUUUCAUUCUGGACACUUUCAACUCUUUGGAUAUUAGGGGAAACUCACUUUAGGAGACACAGAUGGGUUAUCAUGAGCGAGGCUUGCCUUGUUCAAUAAAAGCUGUGCCUUCAGACAACACAACCCUCAGCUCAUUAUCAAAAAUUAUAAUCAAGUGUUUAGUCUAUGAAAAGUGCAGUGGGAGGAAAACCCUUGAGAAUAACAGGAUUUUUUUCUCUGUUUGAGUAAGAGAGAACCUGUUUUAUUUGUUGACAGUGGCAAAAUAUAAGGUAGAGAGAGGAUUCCUCCGGAAUGGCAGGAAAACAAAAGCAGACCAUAGGGGAGAAAAGAAAAGAAGCCUGAUAACAAGCCCGAUAUUUUAAUAAAAUCUAGCGUUCAUGCUUGCUUUUCGUUUCCUUGGAGCAUCUUUGGAUAACACAGUAGGUAGUCCACUUGAUCCUUCUCAGCACUCUGGAUAAGCUAGGUCAGUGAGAAUUCCUUAUCCUUUGUUCCCAAGGCAUUUCUGCCCUCCCAAGAUGUAGGUUGGGUUGCUGAAGCAAGUAGACCUUUUCUGGGCUUUUUACAAUAAUCAUUAGUGGACUUGUCUUCAUAGUUCCUUUCAAGCAGUAGCACCUUGCAGGAUUAAAAAAAGUGUCAUGCAGGGGUGAGAGAUGUCUUGAUCAAUCAAGAUGGUGAUGAAAUGAUUAAGGGGAGGGGAGAGGAGUAAGGAGGACUCCACCAAGGAAUUGGUAAUUAAACGUGAUCACUUUAUCUAAUAAAUGAUUAUCAUGAGAAUGGAAAUCAUGGAACCUUCAUAUGUGAAUUAGUUCAGCAUCACACAUUUCAACAACAACAGCAACAAAAAACAUAAAAAUACCAAGGCAAAAAGGAGACUUGAGUUCAAACUCAGAACUGCGUAUGGCUGCUGCCAAAGCAAAUGAAUUAAUUGCCUGCGUUCCCUCUCUCACUUCAGCCCGCAGUUCAGUUCUGAUGGUACUCGUCUUCCCUCCACUGGCUGGGAGGGCAAAAGAAACCUUGGGAAAAAUACUGCCCAGCCUUUGUCUGAGCUCCUUUCCGUCUUCCUUUGCCCAUCUGUACUUUAAUCAACCUCAGCAUUGUUUCCCAUGCUUGUCAACUUAUUCCCACCAUACGAAAUGGUGUUAGGCUAAUACAU